AUGACACCAAGAAUAGUCGUGUUGAUAUCAGGAUCGGGAUCAAAUUUGCAAGCGCUGAUAGAUGCUAGGAGUAGAAAUGAGCUUCCUGGCGAAAUAGUCAAGGUGGUCUCUUCGAGCAAGAAAGCGUACGGUCUAGAAAGAGCCGCUCAAAACGGUAUUCCCACCCAUGUCCAUUCGUUAUACACAUAUACUAAAGCUUUGGGGAAAGAAGACAGAACAGGCAGGACCGAAGCGAGACGAAAAUUUGAAAUUGACCUGGCGUCUGUCAUCAAUAAGGAUAAGCCAGAUCUGAUAGUGUGUGCUGGCUGGCUUUUAAUACUAGGUCCUGACUUUUUGAAAGAGAUAGAUCAAGUUCCUAUCAUUAAUCUACAUCCAGCGCUACCUGGUGCGUUUGAUGGGACUACUCAUGCCAUUGAAAUGGCCUGGCAAAAGUGCCAGGACGAGCAAAAACCGCUGACUGCCGGGUGUAUGGUGCACUACGUCAUCCAAGAGGUGGACCAGGGAAAGCCUGUAGUGAUCAAGAAACUGGAAAUCUUGCCCGGUCAAGAAACGUUGGAACAAUACGAGCAAAGACUGCAUGCACAGGAACAUGUGGCCAUUGUUGAAGCGGUGCAGCAAAUCCUCGGUCCUCAGUCGUAA